UUCGGCUUCGGACCAGAUCGGCACCGGCGUUUUUUUUUUUAUAAUUGCAAUUAGUAGUUACCCUCUGGAUAGUCGAUAUUCGAUAAAUCAGCGUAUACGUGGAAUUUUAAUUUUGUUCAUUCGGUAUAACAAACAUAAAAUGGUUAAAGUUGAAGUGAAAUAUACUAAGCUUUUCAUCAACAAUGAAUGGGUGGAUGCUGUCAGUAAGAAGACCUUUCCGACAAUAAAUCCACAAGAUGAAAAUGUCAUCACUAACGUUGCUGAAGGAGAUAAGGCUGAUAUUGACAUAGCUGUCGCCGCAGCGAGGAAAGCAUUUCAUCGUUACUCAAACUGGCGUACAAUGGAUGCAUCGAGAAGAGGAAUGCUACUGUUGAAACUAGCUGAACUUAUUGAAUCGCAAGCUAGAUACUUAGCGGAACUCGAAACUCUAGAUUGCGGAAAACCAGUUAAAAUAGCUGAAGAAGAAGUUUACUAUUCAACUAGCGUCUUAAGAUACUACGCAGGAAAAGCUGACAAAAUUUUGGGCAGCACGAUUCCUGCUGAUGGCGAUGUUUUGUCUAUGACCUUAAAAGAACCUGUUGGUGUAUGCGCCCAAAUUAUACCAUGGAAUUACCCAAUUCCUAUGCUCUCAUGGAAAAUAGCUCCAGCUCUAGCAGCAGGAUGCACGGUGGUAUUGAAGCCCGCAGAACAAACCCCACUAACAGCCCUCGCGAUCGGUGCUCUUAUCAAAGAGGCAGGAUUCCCUCCGGGGGUAGUGAACAUAGUUCCCGGGUACGGUCACACCGCUGGGGCAGCUCUCACUCACCACCCUGAUGUGGAUAAGGUCGCUUUCACUGGUUCUACAGAGGUGGGAAAACUUAUCUUAGGUGCCGCUCCUGUCGCCAACCUUAAAAGAGUAACAUUGGAGUUGGGAGGAAAGAGCCCAUUAGUGGUGUUUAAUGAUGCUGAUGUUGAGAAGGCAGCUCAGAUCGCGCACGCGGCGGCUUUCGCGAACGGCGGGCAAUGUUGCUGCGCCGGUACGCGCACAUACGUGCAGGCCGGUGUCUAUGACCAGUUCGUGACCAAGGCCGCAGAGAUCGCGCGGAACAGGUGUGUCGGGGAUCCCUUCGAUGACGUACAACAAGGACCGCAGAUCGACAAGGAGAUGUACAACAAGGUGCUGUCGUACAUCGAGGCGGGGCGGGCGGAGGGCGCGCGUUGCGUGGCGGGCGGCGGGAAGCUGGACAGGAAGGGGUACUACGUCCAACCCACCGUGUUCGCUGAUGUCAAGGACGACAUGAAGAUCGCGAGAGAAGAGAUCUUCGGACCAGUCCAGAGCGUUUUCAAGUUCGAUACAUUCGAAGAAGUUAUUGACCGCGCAAACGACACCAACUACGGUCUUGGCGCUGGCGUUAUUACCAAUGAUAUCACCACAGCUUUGACCUUCGCUAAACAUGUCCGUGCCGGAUCCGUGUGGAUAAAUACAUAUGAUCACGUAUCUAGUCAAACUCCAUUUGGUGGAUUCAAAGACUCUGGUCUCGGAAGAGAAUUGGGCGAGGAUGGUAUUAAUCAAUAUUUAGAAAUAAAGACUGUUACUGUGGCACUUCCUAAGAUUCCUCUAUUAUAAUAAAAAAAAUAAUAAUAUUUUGUUGAUUUUGUUACUCGGUAAUACACUGUAUUAUUUGAAAUAAAAGUUUGCAAUAUA